UGGGACUCACUCGGAGAGGCGAUGCUGAGCCUGUGCCCGGAGCAUGGAGCUGCCCCGUGUGAGUGAUCUUCCGACCGGCUCCUACAACAUUGGUGAAAGGAGGGAGGAUGCCCUGCAGAGACGACGCAAAUAUAUUGAGAAGCCAAUGGAACAAGCAAGUGGUGAUCAGAAGGACAUCCCCUCGUACCUAAGGGAGCUUCCAACCGAAGACAUAGAGAAGGACCACCCGGAGUUUCAGAGCGGCCUGCUGUCGCGGGUGGCCGGUGGCGUUUUCGGAGCGACCAAGGGGGCUGUCGGGGCCACGGUGGGCGGAGUGGCCUGGCUGGGGAUCAAAGGCUACACGGUGACCAGGACAACCGUCACCGCGGUGCCAACACUGGGCAUCGGGCUGCUCAGAGGAGGGGCAUCCAGCCUGGCCGGGGGGGUCUCUGCCGUGGGAUCUGCCGUUAAGAACAAAGUCCCUUUCACCCACAAGAGAAAAGACAAAUCGGAUUGAAAGUGGUGCGUGAGGGAACCCCCUCGUUUCAGGGGCUAAAGUCAUUUGGUGGACCAACCAGGCAAAGUGGGGACAGCAAAUUGUGUUCCUGAGAGCGCAUUCCCACCAGCCAGGAAAAACGGCCCCGUUUCCUGGCAUUCAUUAAUCGUGCCCACUUGCGAUUUGUGUGUUUUUUUUUCUGUGUGUGGAAAUUACUGCCUAAAGAGCUUGUGACAAAUGCCCACUCUCGGUUUCACGUUAUUGGCGA